GUCAAAGUUUGGAAAUUAGAGAAUUUUGACAGCAAUAAAACAAUUGUGUUAUAAGUUGUUUCAGGUUAACAAUGUUUUGGACGCUAGUCCUGGGUCUUAUCCUGGCCUUUCUUCUCUGGGAAGCCCUGAGGAAACAAGAUCCUGGAAAAUUCCGACCAGGCAGGUUUUUUUACACAAAAAAGUGGCUGUUUCGUCUCUUGUUGUGGUUCAACAUGAAAUCCCAGGGAUCAAAGGUCAUGCAAAGGGACCGAAAAACACGAGGAUAUGGGUCCAGCUUUUGGGAUCCUACACUGCUAGAGAUGUGUCAGCCAUUGGAGGAUGACCCUUAUGCCAUAGACACGACAUACUUCAAUGGUUUUGCCAAGGACGGGACCUCAAUAGCAUUACGUAUUGCCCGCAAGCCUGAGCGUGAAGCAGAGGUGUGGGUGCUGCUGGAUUUACCAGGUGUUGGCUUCCUCCAACACCUGUUACAUCCUGAUACACGUGUGGUUAACACAGGCAUGGGGUACAGGGCUGCAGGGUGUAGAUUCACUGUGAUUGAACCCAUGAGGUCUUGGAGGGUCACCUAUAAUGGGCUACUGAGGCUUGGACUUCACUGUGAACCAGAAUCACCCAAACCUAAGAACCUCCUCAAUGUCAAGCUGUCAUUCAAAUGGGAAUGUGUGUGUGACCCCUUCAACUUUGAUGUUGACCUUUGUCAUGACCUCCUGGCAGAGGCUGUUGCCAAGGAAACCUGGAAUAAGGAAUUUUGGGAUAAACUAAGGGGAAAGCAUCAGACGCACUACGAGCAGUGCGGGGAGUUAUCAGGAACUAUUGAGGUGGAAGGGCACAAGCCACAGCGUGUGUUCCUAAAGAGUUUCCGUGACCACACAUUUGGGGUUAGGAACUGGGAAAUGUUUGAGAGAUAUGCGGUUCAUUACAUUUGGAUUGAAGAGGUGGGGAUAAUGGCAAUGGUUGCCAGUUUGUGGAUGCCUGGCUACAUCACUAGGUUAAAGUCAGGUUACCUUAUGUAUGCUAAUGGGGUGACCUACCCUGUCACCGCGGUGAAUUUUGACCUUGAAGGAGUCACAAGGGAGAGAAAUCCUCCUGAAAAAUACUCAUUCACUUUUGAGGCUGCUGACAUUGUGUACCAUGUUGAUGUUAUUGCGGUGGUUACCCCAGAAGUGUAUCACUACACCACUAGAACCAGUCGUGUGCUGGAGAGGUUCAGUACAUACACCGUGAAUGGCAAACCAGCCCGUGGACUCACAGAAUACCACUAUAGAAAUCCUGAAGGUCCACCAAUGUCAACCACUCCAGAGCAGUCAGUUCCAUUGCUACGGGAACCUGCACUCAGUGACCUUUCAGCUGGCCAGGGGAGAGCACACUCACUGAGCUUCACAGACAAAGCUUGCAAGAGUUCUUUUGUGGUUGGGGGCAAAGGGGCACAACUUGCUUUGCUCACUGCCAUUCAAAGAGAAGUGAAUGCUGAAGUUCCUAAAGGCUUUUGUCUUACACUCGACUCAUUUGAAAUGCAACUUUUGGAAAACACUGAAAUUGUGCAAUCAAUAGAAAGAAUUGUUGAAUCCAUAAGACUGAAAAAUAUAGAUAAUCUCCAGGAGUUGUGUUCAGAUGCUGUUAGGCUAUUGGCCACCUGUAAAGUGUGUGAACCAAUAGAAUCAGAGCUUACAUCUCAGCUGGAGUCAGUGUUUGGUGCCAAGUCUGAAGCAAUCCGAUUGGCUGUCAGGUCAUCAGCAGCAGGUGAGGAUGGAGGGGAGUCCAGCUCUGCUGGUCAGAUGGAGACCUGCCUUGGAGUUAAAGGACUUGAGGGCAUUCUUAAGGCUAUUAUGAAGUGUUGGGCCUCAGCUUACACCUUCCAGGCUGUCGAGUAUAGAAGACAGCAUGGUCAGCCAGUUCGGACAUCAGUAGGUGUGGUAGUCCAGGAGAUGGUUGCCGCAGAGUCUGCAGGGGUUAUCUUCACCAAUGACCCUGUCUCAGGCAACCCUAACAGGAUAGUACUGGAUGCUUGUUUUGGGCUUGGAGAGGCUGUCGUUUCUGGCAAGACCACUCCAGAUACCUUUAUAAUCCAGCAUUACCCUGACAAUACUCUAAACAUUCUAGAACGUCGCAUUGGUAACAAGAACCUGAAAGUCUAUUUGUUAGGUAGUGGAGGUACGCUGGAGGUUGAAAGUGACAAUGCUGGUGAAAGCUGCUUGUCUGAUGGACAGAUAAUUCAAUUAGCUUCCACCGCCAUACAGAUAGAGAAGUAUUUCGGCAGUGCUCGUGACAUUGAGUGGGCAAUAGUCGGGGACAAAGUGUACUUGCUACAAGCCCGUCCUGUUACAACUUGUGACCAGGACACUGAUGAAGACUUGAUUCAUGAGUUUGACACACCAGUCAUGACAGACAGGGAGAGAAUUACCAUUGGAAACAUUGGUGAGAUGAUGCCAGGUUGUGUGACACCCCUGACAAGUUCCAUAUUUGGUCGGGCUGUAGAUAGAGCCUGCUCAGUUGUGGGUUCGGAUUUUGGAGGAUCUCAAACUAUGACGAACGCCUCUAAGCUGACGAUUUCAAACUGCGGCAGAUUGUUCAUUAAUCUGACGUACACGGCCCAUAUCUAUUCCAAUUCUGUGAUAUAUAAGAAAGAAGCGUUGGAAAUGAAUUUAGUUGGCACCACAUUAGAGGACCACACCCUUGAGAUUAUUGAAAGUCAGGGGCGAGUCUGUGGCAGUUUCAUGAAGAAGCUCAUGAAUGCUGUAAACUUCUUCUCAGUGAGUUCCCAUAAAAUCAAGAUAGCAAAUGGUUGGUUGGACAAGUUAAAGGGAUACCAGGUGGGAGAGAGGUGCAAAAGGUCUGCCGAGCUCUACAAGGCUAUAACUGAACAACUGCCAGACUACUAUGAGGUUUGGGAGACGACCAUACACAAAAGUGGUCGCAGUGGAAGUUUUGGUGGUAUCGUGAUGGGCAUCGUAUCAGGAGGAAAAGAUGAAUGGUCGAUGGACAACUACAGCGAUGUUGCUCUGUUGUUAUCCCAGUGUGAUAAUGUCUACAGUGCUGAAGUCCCCAUGGCCAUGAAGGAAAUUGCCAGCUGUAUUGUGGACUGUAAAUUGGUAAAAGAAUUUUUGGAGAUAUCUGAAAGUGAGUGUGUGGAUCUUCUAACAAGUCCUGACAGCCCAGCCCCACUGCGUGAGAAGUACACAACAUUUCUACAGAGACAUGGGCACCGAUGCGUGCGAGAGGCAGAACUUAUGGAAAAGUCCUGGCGAGAAGAGCCAGAAAAAUUCAUUCGUGUUAUCAAGGUCAUCCUGAAGUCCAACGCCUAUUUAGAUAUAAGAACAGAGGGGCCAAGCAUUGAAGAAGCUGUUAAUAGAUUAAAGUCGCCAGUGAGCUGGUUUGGUUGCUUCUUGCUCAAGAAGUGGAUUGUGAAGAAGGCUCGAGACGCAGUUGGCAAUAGGGAGUUCGGAAAGUCCAUUGCAGUUGAGUUAUCGGACCGAUUUAAGCAGGCUUACUGGAGAUUGGCUGACAUGUUAUUUAUGGAGGGCCUGUUGCCAGAUCGGGAGUUGAUGUUUUUCCUCAGGCACAUUGAGAUUGGUCAGCUGAUUGAAACCUGCUCUGCAAGGCUUGUUACCAAGGCAGUAAGGAGAAGGCGAAUACUCCCUGUACAAAAUGAGAUGAACUUUCCCCGUAUCUGUGUAGGAAGACCUACUCCAAUACAAGUCCAGGAGGAGGAGGAGAGGAAGCCAACAUUUACUUUGAAAGGUAUGCCUGUGAGCCAAGGUAGUGUUCAAGGGCGGGCCAGGGUCGUCAAGUCUCUACACGAUGCUGAUCAGAUCGAGAAAGGUGACGUGUUGAUAGUGAGUUAUACAGACGUGGGCUGGUCACCAUAUUUCCCGCUUAUCGCUGGACUGGCUACAGAGCUUGGUGGACUGGUUUCUCAUGGUGCGGUUGUGGCCAGAGAGUAUGGUCUCCCAUGUGUUGUUAAUGUACCUGAUGCCACACAUGCCUUCCACUCAGGAGAUUAUGUUCAUCUAGAUGGGACCAACGGUGCUAUACACAGACUAGAACAACUUAACCACUAGAUAGGACUCACGGUGCUAUACACAGACUAGAACAACUUAACCACUAGAUGGGACCAACGGUGCUAUACACAGACUAGAACAACUUAACCACUAGAUGGGACCAACGGUGCUAUACACAGACUAGAACAACUUAACCACUAGAUGGGACCAACAGUGUUAUACACAGACUAGAACAACUUAACCACUAGAUGGGACCAACGGUGCUAUACACAGACUAGAACAACUUAACCACUAGAUGGGACCAACGGUGCUAUACACAGACUAGAGCAACUUAACCACUAGAUAGGACUCACGGUGCUAUACACAGACAAGAGCAACUUAACCACUAGAUGGGACCAACAGUGUUAUACACAGACUAGAACUACUUAACCACUAGAUGGGACCAACAGUGUUAUACACAGACUAGAACUACUUAACCACUAGAUGGGACCAACAGUGUUAUACACAGACUAGAACUACUUAACCACUAGAUGGGACCAACAGUGUUAUACACAGACUAGAACUACUUAACCACUAGAUGGGACCAACGGUGUUAUACACAGACUAGAACUACUUAACCACUAGAUGGGACCAACGGUGUUAUACACAGACGGGAACAACUUAAUCACUUACAAAUAGUUAUGAGCCAUGAGAUUACUAUAUAAAUGUCACAGACUGAACAUAACCUGUGUAGGUUUUAACAUUGGACAGAUUGAGCUGUAUACACUGAUGGAACAAAGUAAAGGACAAGCAUGUGGUUGUGAGCAAUAAGAUUUAUAAAACAACCUGUUCUACUGUACUUUGUACAUGUAUUCAGAUUUAUCUAAUCAAGACUUAUAAGUGUCUGAUUUUAUUAUUUUGGAUUACCAGAUAACUUUCAUUCAAUAUGCCAGGGCUAGGAAACAUAUUAAAAAUACUCAGUGUUUAGUUUUGUAACAUUUCAAUAUUUAUUUACAUGUUUAAAUUAAUGAUUAUUGUUUUUAUGUAUUUUUUUUUAAACAAAAUUCAUUUGAGAGUGUUUAGUUUUGCAUAUUUAACAGUAUAUACAGUAAAACUGUGAUUCCUCAAGGAUGCUGGGGCCCGAGCUAAAACCUCGAGUGAUCCGAUGUUUUGAACAACCCAUGUUUCCAUUUUAGUCCGUUAUGUCUUACAAUGCAUUUUUAAAGUUUAAUGUGGUCAUACCGAUUGUUUACUUCAGCGUCAAUAAUUUGAAAAUCACUGAUAUGUUCAAAGACUGUCCUUUACUAAUUAAAGUGACACUCUUAUUCAAAAUUAAUACAUACACAUGCAUAUCAAACAUCAUUUUUGACUGAUAAAUCUUUAACUACUUGCCAAAUGAUGCUUUUAUGGAAAAUAUUAAUUAAUGAUAACAAGAUUGUAACCGUGUAUUGUAUAGCAGAAAUCCCAUAAAUAUUAAAUGAUUGGCGAGUGCUUAAAGAUUUACUGUUGUCUCAGAAGGUAGAAAUACCGUGUUACAUGCUCAUUUCUUUCAAAUUAAACUCAGUAUCCUUUAUAAUAAACAUUGUUUUUGACAUUUAUUCAUUCUUUUUGUACCGUAAAUGACUGGGUAUAAGACGAUAGGGGGUAUUAGACGCAGGGAAAAAAAUCUGUGAAAAAUCCGAGAAAAAAACUUUUAAUCUAUGUUUUUGGUUAAAAGACGCAUAGAAAAAAUGUCAAAAUCGUCCGGCAUUUUCAGCCACCAUGUUUGUUGACAGUGACAAAAAAAAUUUUUUUCGUGAAAAUGGCGAUGGUUAUCUUUAAAACAUACAACCAUACUGUCGAGAAUGAAAAGUUAUGUUAUGCAAAAAAUAUUUUGACAGUGCCCAUCUUUGCUUUUUUAUAUGUAAGUUUGAUUAUUGUUUAAUUCAAUUUAUUAUUCAAAAUAAUAUUGAAUACCGUAAUUCACAAGAGUUCGGACACCAUAAAUUAAUUAUUUUUUUCGCUCUCCGAAUACAUAGAAAAUUAUAAUUUUUACACUUUAUUUCCAUGUUUGUUUAACCUGCCUUUUUUCUUCAUGUUUGCUUUUUACCACUUAUUAAUUUAUCCGUAGUAUUCAAUGGUCAUAAACUUAUUUAUUACGCCUAUAAGUGUAAAUCCUUCAUGAAGUUAAUUAAAACACCAUUUUAUACAUGCACUGAACUGAAUAAACACAUUCUAUCGGCUUCAGAUCAAAGAGUCACACUGUGUGACGUCACAUAACUUACAGUCAUACCCACGAGGAUCUCGUGGCGAGCAUGGACAUUGCUAUGCAGGAUUAAUGUAUAACUGUACGAUUAUUGCUUCAUAGAGUCUAUAAGUGUGGUACAAGUUUGAAAGCUUAUUGGCAGAUCGUUUUACAAACAUGCCAUGUCGAUGUUUUCUUAAUCCCUUGAUUGCCCUUGUUGUUUGUUUAAUCCUCAAAUUAAUAUAUCACACUUCCUUUUCAACAGGCAAUACAUCGUUUAGGAUGGGUAGUAACUAAUUAAAUUGUCACAGUGGUGUAUACGGUUAGGUAAUCUAGCCAGGCAUUGUAAAGAUAAAAAUCAAUAAUCUUCGUCUGUGAAACUUGGUAACUAUGAAAGUUAUGAUUGAUGUCCUUUGGGUGUCCGAAAAUUAGGUACGCAAAAAUAAAUUAUUUUGGGAAUAAUUAUGGGUGUCCAAAUAUUUAGAGUGUCCGAACUCUUAGGUGAAUUACGGUAACUUUAAUCGAAAAAUAUUUUUGUUGAAAUUAUAAACGUCUUACGAUAUACCGUAUCCCGAUCUUCAACUGCCGUUUUAACCCGUAUAUACUCGAUCAAUAUGACGCGAGUAACAUCCCUUUCUACAUAAAUCUAAACAAACUCUCGGCUUGAAAUUGACCUCAGAAAAAAAGUUCAAAAAAUUGUUACUGGGUAUUAUACGCAGGCAUUUUUUUGCAUCAAAAUCUGAGGGAAAAAAGUGCGUCUAAUACCCAGUCAUUUACGGUAAUAUUAAAACAAAAGUAUUAAUUGUGGUAAAUCUUAUUUGGGAGUAAUAGUGCAUCUUUUACUAAAUGUGUCAAUGUAAAAGAAGAAAAUAGUAAACAGUGAAUAACUAGCAAAGUUUAUUUUUAUCAAAAAAGCACAUUUACAAGCAACAUUGGAUAUUACAGUGCAUAUUAUGGCAUUAGUCUGUUUUAAGUUUCACAAAAUCAAGGAUGGAUAAUUGGCACAUCUUGUCUGUCUUGCGGAACUGAUGAAUCAUUAUAUCAAUUUAUUUCAGAGUAUUCGAUGUUGGACAGUUAUGGUAGGGGUUUAUUCAUAUGUUUAUUACUCAUUUACAUUUCACACAAUUAAAUUCUAAUCAUUAAUAUCUGUCAAUUAUCUUCUCAAAUGCCCUUAUAAGUAAUUUAGCGGUCAGGUGUAGAUGGUGACAAUCAGUUCUUCACACCUUAUCAAACUUCCUCUGUCUAUGCAGUUUUUACAACUUGCGAAAUUUUUAACACCUGGCAAUUGCUGGUUUAUUUUGGAAAUCUCUUCCGGGAAAUUAUGACCUCGAGGUAAUCAUAAGGUUUUGACCAUGAUUUGUGUAUUUGGGACCGGCAAUGGUGCUCAAGUCCUCGACUCAUUUAAGGUUUGAUUCAUGGUUAGUAUAUUUAAUAUGAAAAUAGAAGGAAUAAUUGUCGGGACAAAGCCUUGACAUUGACCGAACUCCAGUUCUUGAGCAAUCACAGUUUCAUUGUAUAUACAUUUGUAGCCAAAGAAAGAUGAUAUUUAUCAAUUUAUUGUUUGCUAUUUGAUUUUAUUUAUGUUUAUUGUAGUUGUUGACCUUUGGUUCUUUAACAAAUAUUUUUUUUGUUUUUAUCAUGUCUCAACAUUUCCAGAUUGUAUUUACUUUAACAGGGUAAAGAAUAUUUUGUUGUUUUUUCCAAUUAUUUUUUAUAGAUCCAUUUUGGUCACUGCAGUGAGACAACAUUCAGAAACCAUGUUCCAGGUGGACCAGGUCAAGGUCAUAGUUCAAUGUCAAAUGUUGGAGACAGAGGUUUCAAGUCUGCUGUGUACCACAACAAAAAUCAUGAAACAAAUUGUUUGAUUCACUUCAAUAAAUACUAAAAAGUCU